AUGUCUGGUGAAAAUCAGACAAACCCUACAAAGGCAAUCCAUCCCGUUUACACUGUUACCAACAUACAGACCAAAGUAAGAGUACUUGAUGGCACCAAAGUCACGUAUUCCUCCUGGGUUCGACUGUUCAAACUACACGCAAAAGGCUACAAAGUUUUAUCUCAUAUUAACGGAACAGCAUCCCCUGCAAAAACAGAUCCAACAUAUGACACUUGGUCAGAAAUUGAUGCUAUUGUCCUUCAAUGGAUCUAUGGGACCAUAUCCGAUGAUCUUCUUGGUCAGGUCCUUGAUCCAGCCUCUACUGCAUACGAAGCCUGGUCCAAACUUCAGAACAUCUUCCUAAAUAACAAAGGUUCUCGAGCAGCAGCCCUAGAACAUGAGUUCAAUAACUUAACCCUUCGAGCCAUGACAUCCCUUGAAGCGUAUUGUCAACGACUGAAGGAUCUCUCCGGGCAACUGAACGAUGUAGAGUGCCCUGUCAACGAGAAACGCCUCGUCCUGCAACUAGUCCGUGGAUUGCCCUCUGAGUUUGACACAGUGGCCGCCUACAUCAAUCAGACCUCUCCCACAUGGGAUACUGCCUGUUCGAUGUUACAACUCGAGAAUCAAAGACAACGAGCCCGAGAUACUCACUCACCUGUGGAAGUCGCUGCUACUGUUGAUCAUGAAUCAGGACCUAACCCACCACCAAGACGUGGGGAUUUCACCAACAAAAAUCGUCCUUCCCAGCAACGUAACUCCAAUCGCCGAUUCCCACCAUCUCGCUCUCAAAACAGGGAAAAUCCAGCGCCUCCUAGUCGCCAACAAUCUGUGCACCAGAACAAUCGGCGCAAUCUUCCUCCUGGCCAGAAUCGCCCCUCAUGGUCCACUUAUCCGCCUCCUUAUUGGGCCGCUCCUUGGUGGGCUUCACCGCCACCAUGCCCAUAUCCUACUCAGCCUGGUUGGGCCUCACCUUGGCCUGCACCUCCCACACAGCAACAACAAGGUCGACCACCACAAGCCCAUAUUACAGAAGUAAACCCACUGGAACCAUCAGAACUUGGAGCAGCUUUCUCGGCAAUGACUUUGGACCCAAACGAUGAACAGUGGUACAUGGAUUCAGGAGCAACAACUCAUCUUACUGGGGAUGCAGGACUUCAACACUGGGAUGCUCCUAACGAGGCACAAUAGCGAUGGUGACCUCUACCCCUUCACAAAGCCAGAAACAGCUCC